AUGGACAGAAGGGCUAUGAAGAGAACCUUAACUUUAAUGCAGAAGCAAGAACAGGUCGAAAGAAUGCACAAAAUUGAAGAAGAAAUCAAAGAUUUACGAAAAUAUAUACAGGAUGUUCAAACAAUUCAUGAAAAAAAACUGAAAAAUUUCGGAAAACUGAUAGGAAUUGAUGAAGACUUAGAGUCAAUGAUUGAUGCUCAUCAAAACUCAAUGGAAUAUAAAAUUGCAGCACGAUAUAGAGAAGUUUACCAGAGAAUGGAAAAUUAUACUAAAAGAAAUCAAGAGCUAGAGGAACGAUUAAAAAAUAACGCUGAGCUUAUUAAAGAAGCAAAAGCCAAAAUAAAAGCAGGUUUUGAGAACAGUGAAGAAGUCAAAAAAUUAGAAUCGGAAAUUUCAAAAUAUCGAAAUUCUAUAAGAGAAUUUAAUGAGAGCUUAGAAGAACAAACUUUGAGAAAUACUGACGAAGAACUGCAGCAGCAAUUAGUGCAAAAACAUAUAGAAAUUGAAGAAAAAUACUCAAGCCUACACAAUAUAUCCUAUUUUGAAUAAAAAUAUUAGUAAAGCUUAGAAUAGUACCCUAUUCCUAUAUAAUUAUUGGAAUUAUCUGAAUUUUUAAAAUAAAAUAAUUUUCUCUAAAAAUAUAAAAAAUAUUUUUAUUAAUCAAGCUGAUGGAUUUAAAGAAGCCGUAAACAUGUGGGAGAUUGGAAGAAACGAAAACGAAGCAAGCUAUAGAAAAAAAUUUAUUGACAAGCAUCGAAAUAUGACAGAUAAAAUUAACGAGCUUGAGCAGGAAUAUGAAAAAAAAAUUAAAGCAAUAGAAAAAGAAAUAUGGGAGCUCACAAAAGUAAAAACUGCAGAAAUUCAUGAUUUAGAGUAAAGAAUAUUUAGGAGAGAAUAUAAUGAAAUGAAAGAAGAAGCUUUAGGACUUUUUGGGUUUGCUCAUACUCAGAUGACGAUAUUUGAAGAAUUAGAAAAUAUACCUAUUUAAAGUAAAUAUAAAUGCUCCUACUGGCUACCGUUAUCCUAUUUUCUUAUAAUAGCUAAGGAAGCGGCUAAGCAGGUUUAAUAAUUUUUAUAUUAUAAUAAAGAAUAAAAACGAAAGGAAAAAUCAUGAAAAUUUGAUGUCAGAAAAAAAUCAAUGGCUUGUUUCAAGAUUUCCAAAGUAAAUAAUAAAUAGGAUUUUUAGAAUUAUCCUUGAAAUUGUAAAAAAAAGAAAAAAUUCGUAUCAGCCUAUUGAUAGCUUAAUAUCAGAGACAGUAAAGUCAAGCCUAAAUUCUUUGAGCCUGAAGACAACUAUGAGCAAUACAGCGAUUGAUAAGUUAAUUAGCCGAAUUAAAAAAAGAAAAGUUACUAAUCAUGCCGAAGUUACUAGGCCACGCCUAGAAGAUAUCGAGAAAUCAAUUGACCAAAAGCUAAAUCAAUCAAAGCAAACAGAUCUGAUAGAAAUGGGGCAAAACCUCCAAAAAGCUAUUAAAUUCAAUUAUCUGCAAAUUGACAAAAUUAACUCUGAAACUGAUAAAUUAAGCUUUGAGCAGCUAGAGAAUGAGUGUCAAGAAACCUUACGAGAUAUAGAAAAAUUCAAAGAAUUGUAUACAAUUUCUGUUAGGAAUAGGAUGGUAAUAACUAUUAAGGAAAAAUCAAUUGACAAAAGUUGAAAUCUUGACAGAAAAACAUUUUUUACUGAAUAUAUAGCAAGGGGCGAUUUCCAGUCAAGGACAAGUCCUGAUCCUCUUAGCAAUCAACGAGUGUUUACUCCAGCGUUCACAACUAUGCAAAGACCAAUAACUCAGAUGAGCAUGCCAAGUUUACUACAAAAAAAGUAUAGAAUGACGCCAAGGAUUUCAUACUCUCCACAAACACCACAAUUAGUAAUUUUUAUUCAGUUCCACCAUCGAUAA